AUGCUUGUACUGUUGUACUUGGGAUUUGUAGGUUACUCGAGCUCCGAAGCAAGCUGCUUUUAGUUGUUAACUGCAAGUUCCCGGUUUACCUGGAGACACCAAUGGAAAAAACUUGGUCGUUGUGACGUUAAUAGUCCGGAGAAUUGGUUCACCCAGCCAUUGGAUCAUUUCAACGCCACGAACAAAGAAACAUGGAAGCAGCGGUACUUUGUUAACGACGCCUACUACAAGCCUGGCGGACCGGAUAUACUGUUUAUCGGUGGUGAAUGGACCGAAGACGGUAGUCUUACUUGCGGUGGGGUUUUAGUUACCUAUGCGCAACAAUUGAACGCAAGACUGUGGGCAUUAGAACACAGGUUUUAUGGAGAAAGUCAACCCAGGCCGUAAGAGGAUUCGUAAGUGCGAUUGUCGUUGUUUCAGAAAUCAGAGUGUGGAAGACUUAAAAUAUCUGAGCAGUAGGCAGGCGCUUGAAGAUCUGGCGAACUUUAUACGCUCGCAAACCGAGGACAAACGGCUAAACGCAACAAAAUGGAUACUGGUCGGCGCUUCGUACAGCGCAUCCCUUGCGUUGUGGAGCAGGGUUCUGCAUCCAAACAUUACAAUUGGAGCGUUAGCAUCGUCAGGACCCAUUGACAUUAGAAUGGACUUUUACGGUAGUGUUAAGCGUCUGAUGUAUACAUACUAUGUCCGUAGGUUAUUUAAAGGUGAAUCAAGACAGUAUUCGGAACCGUAGUGCGGCGUGCGCCGAGAAUAUCGGGGCUGCAUUCGAACAACUAGAUACAAUGUUGGACCGUCAUGAAGACCGUGCUCGUCUUCAAAAACUUCUCGACUUUUCGCCUGCUCUACAUGACAACCUUACUUCAAUUGACAGACAGGAAAUAUUUCACGCGUUUAUCGGCUACUUUUUGCCUGCACAAUACGGCGAUAUAAAAGAACUCUGCCAGGAAGUUAGAAAUUCAACUGCAGAGCCCAUUUCCCACAUUAAGACCGUCGUUGGAAGUGGUAAACAUGUCAAUUAUAGUGCUGAUGUCGAGUACCUCAAGUGGGCUUCUGGUAUGCAGGGCUUAGAUACGAUUAAGAGGGGAGGUCAUUGACGUGGUGCACACAGCAUGGUGUGAAAGUCAGCUGACAUUUAGCACAAGUUUCAAACAAUAAGUAUGCCACGUGAAUCCAAAAUAGAAUUCAAAACGAAAUGUCACUAUCCGAUAAAAAGCAUUUUCUUAUCUUUCUUGUUCCUUUUCGAGAAAAAGCAAUCUUUUUGGGCGAGAAAAAAUGUCGAUAAUUUCGCGAGCAGAAUCUGAAAUCAAAAUUUUAAGAACUUAUGAGUGCACCAUCUGAAAGACUUCCCUUGUGAGACAAAAAAUUUUUAGAAGACCGAGCUUGGACUUGGCAAACCUGCACCGAAUUCGGCUGGUUUCAAACGACCGCUUUUGAGGAAAACAUUUACGGCGUUGGUUUGCCGGCCGACUUUUUUUACAGUCGCUGUUCGGACAUCUUCGGAGAUGAGUACGAUGUCGACCACAUCCAAGAAUACUUGCAGAAAACCCGUGAGCUCUACGGCGAGGCGGAUGAGUAUAACGUAUGCAAUUCAGCUUUCCUUCAACGGAGUGUUUAGGGAACGAACGUAGUAAUCCCAUACGGAUCAAUUGAUCCUUGGCAUCCUCUCGGCACGUUCGUUAAUGGCACCGGACAGUUCUCGUUUCUGAUUGAAGGCACUACACAUUGUGCUGACCUGGAUCCUCAGCUCGAUACCGACGUGCCAGGUUUGAAGCAAAUUCGGCAAAUAACGUUGGAAAAGAUGAAGGAAUGGGUAGAAAACUCUGAUAGGGCAGAAGAAAAGGCUGAAGAAUGGGACGAAACUGUUGAUACCUUGCUGGAACGACCGUUUGAAUAUAAGGAAGGAAGUUUUUGUAUAGGAUGCGGAGGCAAAGAAGUGGUAUGCUUCUGACAUAACUGACCUGAUAUAUCAAUGUUUAGCCCGAAGAGCCGCGGAGCUUUGGCUUUUAUCUUAUUGCUCCUAAAUUCUUGCAUCAAGGAGACUACCUAAACCUGGAAAAUGAAAACGAUCAGCCAGUCGCCAACACGUUCGUUCAAUUAGUUGAUCAUUUCAAUGAUUCUGACUACAGGUAUUUUGAACAGGUAAUACCCAUUGACCAUCAGCGAUACAUAAUUCCAGAAAUACUACUUCAACGACGCUUACUACAAGCCCGGAGGGCCUUUAUUCCUUUAUAUUGGCGGUGAAGGUGCACUGGGAAGUGGUAUAGUUUUCAACGAAAGCUUUCCUUUGGUUCAGUAUGCAAAGGAAGUCAACGCCGGUCUUUAUGCGCUGGAACACAGGUUCUACGGCCAAAGCCACCCGACUAGGUAUGGCAUAGCGUAUAAAGAAUAUAUGUACUGCUUUAGCGACCUUUCUGUGGAAAGUCUGAAGUAUCUGACAUCCCAGCAGGCUCUUGCUGAUCUUGCUUAUUUUAUUCAAAUGGUCAACCAUGUAAAACGUUAUAUCGAUCCACAAUGGAUCACGUUUGGCGGCUCUUAUCCCGGGGCACUUUCGGCUUGGUUCAGAGCGAAGUAUCCGGAGCUAACAGUGGGGACAAUUGGAUCGUCCGGUCCAGUCGAAGCAAAGGUCGAUUUCUUCGGUACGUUUUUUGCAGUACGUCUUUGGAAUGACGUUGCUUUUAGAGUACCUGCAAGUAGUUGAGAAUUCAACAAUAAAUUGCCGUGAAAAGAUUAAAGAAGGCUUUGAUCUCCUCCGGGAUCUGCUGACGACUGAGGAGGGAAGGGAAGAGAUCAAUGACAUACUAUUGUAAGCUACUAUUGCAAAGUGCUGGAAAAACAUUUUUACCAGUCUUCACCAAUUCUAAAAGGGCAAUAUUUACAGAGUGACCGCCAGCCCGAAUAUUGUAUAUCAUGUCGAACCUUUCGACGAAAUGAACUUGUACGAUUAUUUAUACUAUCAAUUUACCGACCGAGUGCAAUAUGGUAAAAACGUAAGCGCUUUAAAUUAGCUGAAAAAAUUCAAAAAACUUUUUCCCUGUCAUAUUUAAAAACUCGAACUUCAGAUUGCUGGGCUCUGCGAAGUAUGGAAUAACGACACCAUCGAGGUGUUGAACAAGUUCGUCCACGGAUAUGUAGAGAUUUCCUUUGACGGAUCUAUGCAGUUAUUAAACAACACCAGUUACGACGUAAGCCAGAACACAAGUCGACAAUGGCUUUGGCAAGUCUGCAACGAAUUUGGAUUUUUCCAAACCUCUGAUAUCGGCUACAACACGUUUGGCAGUGGAGUGCCGGUGAAGUAAGAAUGAAGUUUUUUUUACAAUAUCAACAAUUGCCAGAGUAAUUGAAAUUUGCAUUUCUUUAGCUUUUUCAUUGAGACCUGUCGAAAAGGUUUUGACCCUUCUUUCACACGCGAUAAAAUCGAAGCCAACGUCAAGAAAACUCAGAGAUAUUAUGGUGGAGCGCGCAAAUACAAGGCAACGAAUCAUCUGCAUAUUCAAGGCACAGGGGAUCCGUGGCACGUUUUGGGAUUCUACACUGACAAUGAAGAUCACGGAAAGGAUGUGAGGACAUUCUUGGUCGAUGGGACUUCCCAUUGCGCUGACCUUAACCCGGAGACACCAGAAGAUCCGGAGGGAUUGAAGGAGGCCAGAAAGCUCACUUUGGAGACCAUCAAACGCUGGAUUUAUGAUUUGGAAUAA